CACUAUAUAAACCCGGCUCGCUCCACUUUCCUCCUCAGCUCCACUCCGCGAGCGUUAUCAACCUGAAACCCCACAAUCGAAUAACCCAACGAAACAAAAAAGCAAAAAAAAGCCAGAGCUUCCAGCAGUUUGAGUAACAGUCAAUGGUGGGCUUGGCCAAGAUCGCCAUGGGAUGGCUCAAAGAGCCACUGAGCUGGCUUUUCAUUGCCUCCGUGGUCUUCGUGGUGCUGCAGCGGCAGCGGCGGCGUGGCAAGGCCAAGGCGCCGCCGCUGCCUCCGGGGCCGUACCCGCUGCCGAUCGUCGGCAACAUGUUCAUAAUGGACCAGCUGACCCACCGGGGCCUCGCGGCUCUGGCAAAGCGGUACGGCGGCAUUCUCCACCUCCGCCUCGGCCAGGUCCACGCCGUCGUCCUGUCGACGCCGGAGUAUGCCCGGGAGGUGCUGCAGGCGCAGGACGUCGCCUUCUCGAACCGGCCAGCCACGGUCGCCGCCAUCUACCUCACCUACGACCGCGCCGACAUGGCGUUCGCGCACUACGGGCCCUUCUGGCGCCAGAUGCGCAAGCUGUGCGUGAUGAAGCUCUUCAGCCGGCGCCGCGCGGGGACCUGGCUCGCCGUGCGCGACGAGUCCGCGGCGCUGGUCCGGGCCGUGGCACGGCGGAGCGGCGAGUGCGUGAACCUCGGCGAGCUCAUCUUCAACCUCACCAAGAACGUCACCUUCCGCGCCGCGUUCGGCGCCGACGCCGCCGGCGACGCCGGGAAGCGGGACGAGUUCAUCGCCAUCAUGCAGGAGUUCUCCCAGCUCUUCGGCGGGUCCAGCAUCGGCGACUUCAUCCCGUGGCUCGGCUGGGCGGACCAGGGCCUCAACGUGCGCGCCCGCGCCGCGCGCGCCGCCCUGGACGAGUUCAUCGACAGGAUCAUCGACGAGCACAUGAGGAGAGGCAAGAACCCCGACGACGUGGACGCCGACAUGGUGGACGACAUGCUCGCGUUCCUCCCUGAGGCGAAGCCGAAGAAGACCGCUGGCGACGACCUGCAGAACUCGCUCCGCCUCACUCGUGAAAAUAUCAAGGCCAUGAUCAUGGACGUGAUGUUUGGUGGGACGGAGACGGUGGCAUCGGGGAUCGAGUGGGCAAUGACGGAGAUGAUGCACAGCCCCGACGACAUUUGUCGACUGCAGCAGGAGCUCGCCGACGUGGUGGGUCUCGACCGGAACGUGGACGAGUCAGACCUCGACAAGCUCCCCUUCCUCAAGUGUGUAAUCAAGGAGACACUCCGGCUACACCCGCCCAUCCCGAUUCUCCACCACGAGAACGUCGAGGACUGUGUCGUCGGUGGCUAUUCAGUGCCCCGGGGAUCCAGUGUCAUGAUCAACGUAUUCGCCAUUGGCCGCGACGCCAAGGUGUGGAAGGACGCCAACAUGUUCCGACCGUCGAGGUUUAUGGCGGGGGAAGGGGAGGCCGCAAGGGUUGACUUCAAGGGCAACUGCUUUGAGUUCCUGCCAUUUGGGUCCGGUCGCCGCUCGUGCCCCGGGAUGGCGCUUGGCAUCUACUCACUGGAAUUUGCUGUCGCGCAGCUCGCCCACGGGUUCAGCUGGGCGCUGCCCGACGGCAUGAAGCCAUCGGAGCUCGACAUGACUGACAUCUUCGGUCUCACCGCGCCACGCUUCACCAGGCUGUGUGCAGUGCCCACACCCCGGCUUACUUACCCUUUGGUCUCUGAUGUCGAUGCCACGCCCAAGGCGUGACGUCACGUCAUAUGCGCACAUAAAAGUAUGUAGCACAAUAAAGAUGUUUCACUCGAUUCAGGGUAACACUAUAUCAGAUUAUUAGACAACGGGUCCAUGGAUCCAAAAUCGAGUCAAACUUUGUAAACAUUGACCAGGUUCAUAGAUACUUUUAGAUUCACCAUGAAACAUAUCGUGCAUUUGUGCGGGCGCUUGCUACAGCCAAGCAUGCAUUUUACUUUAUUCUUAAAGAAAACGAACUGUUAAUUAUUGCAAGAGUCAUCCGUAAAAAUUUUUAUUGCAAGAGUCCAUUGUUCCAAAGAAACAUUCUUAAUAUACUAAAUCUAGCCUGGUUUGAUUUAUCUGGAUUUUUUGACUUUUUCCUUUCAGUAAAAUCAGGCCAAUAGGACAGUGACACGUUAAUUUGUGGGGGAGCUGGCGGGGUGCGCUUCUGCGUGCAUUUGACGAUUUUGCUGUGGAUAGACGGUCAAAGUUUGGCUGUUAACUAUAGAUUGCAAUCUGACUGAUUUGUUAUGUUUGUAUAGUCGGUGGCCGCUGAAAUCGCUAGCCCUACGCGCUUCGAGAGAGACCUCGUCGACGUCAAGGCCACCACGGCACCGCCGAACAAGACUAUAAAUAGACUCUCCUUUGCUCUGCCUCACCUUCCUCCCCGCUCCACAGCCGAGCUCCCGUUCCCUUCAUCCAGCGUCUCCCCUUUCCCCCCGUCUCCUCUCCGCCCGCGUCCCGCCCGAAACCCACGCGCAAUCAUCUUCCACAUCCGUGUGCUCCGCUGCGGUGCUGCCGACGGUAGUCUGCGCCGUGGCUAUACUCCCCACGCGUCGCCUGCCCCGACGGCCCGAGGGUCCUCACGUGUCACGCCGCCUCGGCUGGAGUGUGCCAAGAGAUGAUGGUCAACCUUUGGUUGCACGGCGUGGUGGCCCGCCAUAGGACUCGACGGUACUGUCGCCGGCGCUCUGCACCUUCCGCCGGUGUCUCCUGUACGUGCCUACAUCACUCCCUGUCCCUUGUCCCCGCUACAGCCGGUGGACCUCCACAUGUCGGACGAGAACGAGGGCACUGACGACCAUGGUCAGUCCCAUGACACCAUGCCUCUCCCACCUCUUUCGGUGGCUUUCUGCUGCCCCUGCACUGGGAGCUCAACGUGGAGGGACUCGCCAUGGAUCGAGCAUCGUUCUGGAGUCUGGACGCGGCUGCCCACUGCCGUGCAAGUUGACUGUUCCAACGCCCACCAAGUGUCUGACGUAAUGUUUGGACGGCUGUAGGUAAAAGAAAAUCAGUUCUAUCCAGAAACUAUGUUGCUAUACUCCUAAUUUUGUGUUCUUCCAAGAGAUUUGACUUCACCAUUAAUAGAGCGAACGGACUUUCCUCAACAAUGCACCAUAUAUUGUUUCCACAUUCAUUUUUCUCUUUAUUAACUUAGUUAUUCUCUUAUUACCAUGUUUAUGAUUUCCGCUGCAAAGUUUGAUGACAUGUUUCCUCUUAUAGUGCUGAUGAUAAACCAUCAAAGGUUAUAUGCGUGUUCCAUCCCAAGCACAAUUCUUUUUCUUUACAUGUUCCUUUUGUGAUAUGUCUGCUUAUGCAAUGAGGCUCAGCUUGCUACUGGUGGAUUGCAGCUUGGAAAUAUGUUGAAAGAGAGCUUUACUGUCAGGAAGCCCUCCAUAGGAAAUAGGAUGCAGUGUAAAAUGGACUGUGCCUUAACCCUUGUUUGGCAUGAACUUCAUGAAUGAGGCAAUUGAGCUCUACACAACAAGCAUAUUUAAUACAUCAAGGUUGUUAGGCACAAUUGUUCAUGUAGAACCAUCUGCUAAACUUACUAUGACUUCCUUUCUAGGGUGCUCCAUGGAAUCUUCGAACAGAUCAAUGGAUAAAGAAAAAAAGAGAAGUCAACACAGGGCUCUGUGAGGCCUGCUGCUUCCGGUCGUCCCCCCCAAGAGUGUCGGGAGAAGCGGCUGCUACAGAACGCAUCGCACGCUAUAUGCUCAUGGGUCUUCAGGUCAGGGAUGGGAGGCUCUUCUACAAGCUCAUGAUCGACAUCGAGGAGCUGCAUAUCCUUAUUUAUAGAGAUAAUUAUAAGUUUACGAGAAAUUUAGUGUGCUCUACAUCUAAUUUCAGAGGAAGUACAUGCACUGUAGCAGCAUGCAAGUGGGUUCAUGCCAUUGUACAUAGCAAGUUCCAGCUGCUGUAUAUCCUUACUUUCAGAGACAAUUUGUAGUUUCUGAGAAAUAUAUAUUUCAUAGCACGAGCACGUGACUAUGAGAGAUUAUUAGAACAGUAGUUCUACCUACUAUCACAUGUAUUUUUCCGUUGAUUGUACAAGUUUACAUGUAUAUCUCUGAAUAAAGAAGAACCUUAUUACUGAAGUUAUAGAAACUGAA